AUGUAUGAUUACGAAUGUAAAGUAUGCAUCGUUUCACCCCCGGUCAGUAAAGGAAACACCAACCGAGAGAAAAAGGGCUAGUCUUAUUGCAGCCAGUCAACAGGCAAGUCACUGUACUACAAGCGAAAAUAAAGAAUACUAAGACCAGCGAGUAAACCAUUCUUUUGUCGAUAUCACCAGUCAAGCGAUGUCAGGUACCGAACACUACACUGGCGACGAGUAAAAAAUCGGAAAUCGAGUAGAGCUAGCGAAUUUGCAAGUUAUAGUUUGCAAAAACACAACGGAGGAGGCAAGAUGGCGGCGGCGUCGGCAAAUUUUCGCUGCUACGACGGCGAGUCGGAAGAAUGGGAGCUUUACAGAGAGCAAUUGGAACAAUUUUUUGUUUCCAAUAAGAUUGCGGACGACAUGAAGAAAGCAGUUCUGAUCAAUCAUCUCAGUGCGCGUACGUAUAAGCUUCUUCGUGACUUGUGUACUCCUGAUCAGCCGAAGGAAAAAAGUUAUAAAGAUCUAUGCACAGUGUUGUCAACGCACUUCACGCCUCCGGUCGUCGUGCACAAAGAGAGAAGAACUUUUUUCCGAGCUCAACGAGGGGAGGGCGCCCCCGAGUCAAUUAACGACUGGAUUGUACGGAUCAAAAAUCUCGCAGCAAACUGCAAGUUUGGAGAUGCAUUGCAGCACAACCUGGUCAAUAAGUUUAUUGAUGGACUAGGUGGUAAGGCGUUCGAUCGAGUGUGUGAGGAAAACGAAACACUUACUCUGGAGAAAGCGCAGGAGAUAGCCUUGAAAUACGAAGCAGAUUCAACAUCAACUACAGCGAUUCACUAUUUAAAAGGAAAAAAACAACCAGGGUUGAAACCGAAAGCAAAAGUUAGUCAAUGGCAGAACAACAACAAUGGAAAACGGUCGGGUGGCUUCAGAGGUUGUUUUGCUUGCUGCAGAGAGGGACACCAGCGAAAGGAUUGCCCUUUCAAGAACUACGUUUGCAACAAAUGUAGCGAAAAAGGUCACCUACAAGCCGCUUGCGAUUUCCAGAAGAAUCACUACGUGGCGGAAUCCUCUGGCCCAGAGAGAAGAAACGUCUCCGAAAACGACGAGCAAAUUGCGGUUCAGCAGCACUAUAUUAAUGAUGCAUAUUAACCAAAACUAUUCACUUUUAUUUUUCAAAAUCAGUAAAAACUUAAUGUGGGGAUGUAAUGUAUGAUUACGAAUGUAAAGUAUGCAUCGUUUCACCCCCGGUCAGUAAAGGAAACACCAACCGAGAGAAAAAGGGCUAGUCUUAUUGCAGCCAGUCAACAGGCAAGUCACUGUACUACAAGCGAAAAUAAAGAAUACUAAGACCAGCGAGUAAACCAUUCUUUUG